AUGAACACCGGCACUACUCAAAGAGCCCCCAAGACCCCAAAACCAACCGCCUCUGUGCCAAUUGUGCAAAAUAAACGCUGGCCCCCAAUGGCAAACCGAAAUGCCCUCCCUUACAAGCUCACCCAUCUCUCAAAAGAGAAACUCGCCCGUGAAGCCACUGCACCAGAUCCGGACCUUCGCCGCUGCGUGGCUCACUUCCGCCUGCACUGUGGAUCUGUCUCUUGGACCGAGAAUGACAUGAAGUCUCGCAUCAGCUCAUUUGACUUCGAAGAUACCGAUGAGGAAGACGAUGUGGAUGAGAUCAACACAGAGCUGCCUGUCCUAAAGAACAGAGCCCCGACCAACGAGACUCCAGUCGAGGUCACCGAACAAUUAUCACAAAAACCAGAGCCUGUUGCUGUUGCGGCAACUCCGACACCACCAGCACCACCUGCAUCACCUGAAUCAACCUCCUCAACCUCAUCAACCUCGUCUGAAAAUUCUUCCGAGCAUGGUUUUUUGGAAAAGGGUCGCAAUUGUCUCGAGGCGACCUCUAAACACCUCUGGACAGGGGGAUCUUGCAUCGUAUCCCCAAUCGCGGGUUGA